GGCAUUUAAACCUGACGUCACCGUAUGGCCAGCGACUUGGUACUGCCGAUCGGCGUCAACACAGAUAAUAUACAGUGGAUAAAUGACACCAAAUAAAAAUAAUUGGUGACAUUUUUUAAAUUGACCUCCCGAACCACCAUGGGAGGAUGUGUAAGUUCAUCACAAGACCGAAGUGACGGUGGUGUAGAAUCGAGCGACAAUGCAGUAGCAGGAUCAAUGCCACUUGGUCGUAAUCAACCUCUAAAACAAGAAAAACCAAAGUGGAAAAGCGAUGUUCCAUUAACAGUUGGACAGUUGCGAAGCAAACGAGAUGAAUUCUGGGAUACUGCUCCAGCAUUUGAAGGAAGGAAAGAGAUAUGGGAUGCUCUGAAAGCAGCGGCUCAAGCAUUAGAAAAUGGAGAUCAUGCAUUAGCACAAGCAAUCAUAGAUGGUGCUAACAUUACAUGUCCAAAUGGCACAUUGACAGACUGCUAUGAUGAAUUAGGAAACCGGUAUGUGCUGCCGGUGUACUGUCUUAGCCCACCAAUUAACAUGAUUGAAGAAACUAGUGAAUCGGAUGCUGGGGACAUGGAGCCUAUCAACACAGGCGGUGUGGAAACCACUAUUAGAUUACGCUUAUCAACAAACAAAGACAGGAAAAUGACUGUACGGACCACAGAUACUGUUUUACAAGUCAAACGUAAGAUUCAUACAGAAGAAGGCAUUGAACCGUCACGACAAAGGUGGUUUUUCUCUGGUCGAUUACUUAAUGAUAAAACUAAAAUAGAAGACGCAAAGAUACCCAAGGGUUUCAUCGUUCAGAUUGUUGUGUCUCCGCAGAACCCAACACCAGUGGAGAACUGAUCAGUGGGUGUGAGUCACUUCAAUAGCUUUUUUUGCAGGCUAGGAAGCCUGCAACUGGAAAAUUCUGCAAAGCAAUUUGUAUUGAUAUUGGGUGACAACCAUGCAUGCCUCACUUUACUUGUGCUCUUAAAACAGUGAAGAAAUUAUUACUUUGUUAUUAAGCUGCUCAACAAUCUGUUUGAGAUAUAUUUAUUAUUUUGAUCACAUGUAAUCAGUUAUAUGGAGGAGAUAUCUUAGGUGUGGAUUACUGUGUCGCAGCAAGUUAUUUUAUCCGGAAUCAUCAUUGUAUCUACUAUCUGUAUGUAUCUACCGCCCUCUGGUGGCAGUCUUCUCUGCAGAAGUAACAGCAACAAGCACUGCUACUUAUUCACAGUUCACAGAUGAUUAUCAACGGUGAAGAAAUUGAGCUGAAGAUGGAAUGCGUCAAUGUGUUUGUUUUAUUUCAAGGUUUCAAGGGAAAUGUAAUUUAUAUAUAUAUAUAUGUGGAGGAAGUUACCCAAAUAAAAUGUUUUCUGCUGUUAGAUAAUAUAUUACCGGUAAAGGAAAUAAAGAUGUUGUGCAUUCAUAAUGUUAAACAGCGAUAGAUAAAAUAAGAAAAAUUACUGCACAGAUUACAGUAGUCCGAUUGUGCAUGUACAAAACGAGGCAGAUCUGGGUUUGUUUGUUUUUUGACAUGUGCCAUUAUAUGUAGUGUCCAUAGUGGUAUUGUAUUUGCACCCAGAGUAUGUGUUCUCUGCACUGUUGAUAUGCAAUAAACAUUUGUUGUUUUUUUCAAUUUGUCUCAAGAAAAAACAGGGUGCAUUUUAAUCAUUAUGUUCAUUAAUUACCAUAGAACACUGUAUGCCACAGUGCAUGUGCAUUGCUGGCUUUUGAUUGUUUGUUUCUGCUUUUAAGUUUAUGAGAAAAAUGUAAUGUAUGUACUGUGUUUGUUGUAUGCAAGUUGUGUCAUAGGUCAAAGCACCCUGCAUAACUCAUUGGUAUAAAUUACAUUCAAUGGUUGGUAUUUGUUAGUUGAGUCUAACUAUCACUUGACACUGACCUACCAUAACCUGCAGUGACAGCAAUUUUUAUAUUAGUAAUUGACAAAACUGAACUGUUGAACAUUCCUUUGCUUUAAAUUAUAAUGCAUAUAUGUAUCAUUUUCAUUAAAAGUAUUCUACAAAAUGUUAUUUCUGUUUAAUAACGAGACAUUAUUUACAUAUCACCAGUUAUUUUUUUUGUUUUUAUCAAAAAGAAAAACAAAUUUAUAACAUUCAUUUAGAAAUCUAGCAUUCACCAAGUGAAAUUUAUUAUUUUGUCUGUAAGUUGUAUUUUAUCUUCUAGGCUAAUUGCCUGCCGGCUUGGUAAUUAAUAGUAAACAGACUUUUUUAAUAGCAUAGAAUCUUUUUUCUGUGAGACAGUGACUUAGAACUUGGAUGAUCAGUUUGUCUAAUUAGCCAAGCAAAUGUAUUUGAACAAUUAACAGUUAAACAAGAAGAAAUAAAAUACUGUCUCUUCAUUUGCCAUUUUAAGUGUUGCAUGCUGGGAAUUCUCUAGAACAUGGGAUCUUACAUUAACUAAUAACAUUUAUAGCGACAUUUAUAA